GGUGAUUCGGAGUCGAUGUCGAUUCAGUCUUGCAGCAGUACUCGAGGGAACACCACCGCUUUUCGUUUCGUAAGACUCGUAUCGAUCGCAGGAUGUCAAACAUUUGCGUUAAAAGGACACAGUGAACUUUAGUGAAUAUCUGUGAUGUGAUUAAUGAAAAGUUUAAUUCUUACACGUCUUCACCAUGAAAACGUCAUUCGCUUUACGAAAUCUAUUGGUAAUUAUUUGGUUCGCAUCAGUGGUUCACAUAAAGUCAGCGAUAAUACCUCCGCCAUGGGCAGAUCCGUCAAGUAAUCCUUGCGCUGCUCAACCACGUGGCUGGCAAUUGUUAUUUUGGCCGCCGGAUGGAAAGUGUUACAGAAUAUUCCAGAUUGGAACACCAUGUCCAGAGACAAUGGAGCUGGGUCCAGCUGCAGGUGGAGGUGGAAUUGUAGCUGAAUGCAGGUGUCCUCCAGGAACUGCACAGUCUCCUAGAGAUGCUCUUUGUCAUAGAAUAUAUACAAGAGCAUCUUGUCUAAAGGGACAAUUUUUUGCACCUGUACCAGAGAUUUCUGGAAAAUCUAGGUGGGGUGUUUGUCAUGAUCCAGAGUCAUGCACAGGGAAAGAAGAAGUUUAUUGGCCUAGAGAUGGAAAAUGUUACCCAAAAUUUAGUAAGGGUCCAUGCCCAAAAGGUGAACUCCUCAUUACAGAUGAAGAUGGUUUAGCAAUAUGUUCUUGUUCUACAAAUGGAGAACUUGGACGAUACCACUGGGCAGGUAGUGUGGGUGGUUGCCAUGAACAUUACACUAAAGGGCCAUGUACAGAACCUGGAGAAUUAUUUUUACCAGGUGGUAUGUGUGGUUGUCAUUCGAAAUUACCUCAUUAUCAUGAAUCAACUGGAAUGUGUUACCAGUUAGGCAGUAUUGGUCCAUGUCUACAGGGACAUCAUUUCAUUAUAACAAAUAUAAUAACCAACGAAGAAAUAAUUCGAGCUAAGUGUGUAUGCAAACCAGGUUACAUACUUUAUGAAAAUGGAUUUUGCUAUAGACUUUAUACAAAAGGACCAUGUGAAAAUGGUUACAUGCUAGUAAACUCGACGACUUGUAUUCCUGUACCUUGCAAACGAGGACGACUAUACUUUCCACAAGAAAAAACGUGUUAUAAGAUAGGAACCAAGGGACCAUGUCCGAACGGACAAAUCGUUUUGUAUGAUUAUAAUGUUCGACCAUCCGUUGAUGGAAUCAGCUACAAUGGAGUAUGUGGAUGUAUAAACAUAUUAAGAGAUUCGGAAAAAUGUUCAGACGAAACUAAUGACAGCUGCGAGUCCAUCCCAGGAAUGGUGGAAAUAAAUAAAACCUGUUACAAGUUAUAUACACAAGGUCCAUGUACUGCAGGAGAAUGGCUGGUUGCACAAAGAAUGCCGAAACAAAGUUUAUGGAAAAAAGAAGAAUCAAAGCCAAAAGCAAGAUGUGAAUGUAGACCUGGAUAUAAGAGAAUUACAGAAAACUCACAAAUCUCUGAAUUAGAAAGUAACAAUCUCCUUUCUUUAGGUGGCUGUCAACCACCCACAGUGAGUUUAGCAAAGUUUCUUAAUGAAAGAGCAAAGUUGAUAAACUUUUAA